CAACAGAUUAGAUUCAACAAUGCAUAACAACAAUCACUUCCACUAACAAACAUCCAACAGAUUUAAAACUUACAAGGCCUUUGAAAAUGCUUCUUCAAGUGACCGCCUCUUCUCUCCCAUCAAAAUCAAACCUGUAUCCUUUCCAGAUCUACAAAAACCCUAUCGAACCCGCUCAGCUACUCGCACUAUCACUCAAAACAGCAACUUUCAACCACCCUUUGAUCUCCUCUCGCCUUAUAUCUCUAUACACCCACUCUAAAUCCACCUCGCUUGAUCAUGUCCGCUCCCUGUUCGACCAAUUUCAACAACCCACUUUGUUUUCCUGGAACACCCUCAUCAAAUCCUACGUUCAAAACCAACGUUCCCAAGAAUCCCUAUUCAUGUUUCUUGACUUCAUGACACUCUCGGGUUUAAUGCCGGAUGUUUUCACUUUACCUUGCGUGAUCAAAGCGUGUGGGAGAUUAAUGGCGCUGAAAGAAGGGGGGCAGAUUCACGGCUUGGUUUUCAAACUUGGGUUUGGGUCGGAUUUGUUUGUUCAGGGCAGUUUGGUCGGUAUGUAUUCUAAGUUUAAAGAUAUUGGUUCUGCACGCAAGGUGUUCGAUCAAAUGACUGAAAGAGAUUUGGUCACGUGGAACUCGUUGUUGGACGGUUAUGUGAAGGAUGGUGAGAUUGAACUUGCAAUGGAGUUGUUUGAUGAAAUGACGGAGCGGGAUGUUGUGUCGUGGACUGUGAUGGUUGAUGGAUUGUCGAAAUGUGGCAGAGUUGAUGAUGCCAGAAAGGUGUUUGAUGAAAUGCCUAGGAGAAACUUUGCGUCGUGGAAUGCGAUGAUUAAUGGGUAUAUGAGAGCGGGUGAUUUUAUUUCCGCGCGUGGAUUAUUUGAUGUAAUGGAAGAUAAAGAUAUAAUCACUUGGAAUUCGAUGAUAGCGGGGUAUGAACACAAUGGUAGGUGUUCGGAAGCCCUCAAGUUGUUUACCAAGCUGCUAAAUUUGGGAUAUGUUCCGACUCAUAGUACUUUGGUUAGUACACUAUCAGCUAUUUCGUGGUCAGCUCUUCUUAGCAAAGGAAGGUGGGUUCAUUCUUAUAUGGUUAAAAACGGUCAUAAAUUAGAUGGCGUGCUCGGUACUUCACUAAUCGAAAUGUAUUGCAAGUGUGGGAGCAUUGAGACUGCUUUAAAGGUUUUUGAAUCUAUACCCAACAAAAAGCUGGGCCACUGGACGACUAUAAUAGCAGGAUUGGGAACACACGGGCAAGCUACACUUGCUCUUGAUUUGUUUCUCGAAAUGCUUAAAAUGAACGUCAUCCCUAAUGCUAUAACCUUCAUUGGUGUGCUGACUGCUUGUAACCAUGCAGGUUUAAUUGAAGAUGGCAGAAGAUACUUUAACAUGAUGAUAAAAGAUUAUAAAAUAGAACCGACGGUCGAGCAUUACGGUUGUCUUGUUGACAUUCUUUGCCGAGCGGGUCAUCUUGAAGAAGCAAAGAAUGUGAUAGAAAGCAUGCCCUUGAAACCAAACAAAGUUAUUUGGAUGAGUUUGCUUAGCGCCUCAAGAAUCUAUAAGAAGGUAGAAAUCGGAGAAUAUGCUGCUCAAAGUGUAACAGAAAUAGACCCAAGUUUUAUCGAAAGUUACGUGCUUUUGUCCAACAUGUAUGCUGCAACUGGGAAUUGGGACAAAGUGUCGCGUGUUAGGGAUGCAAUGAGGAAAACAGGAGUUAAAAAGGAUGCUGGAUGCAGCUUGAUAGAGUAUAGAGAUGAGGUUCAUGAGUUCAUUGCGGGUGAUAAAUCACAUCCUCGGACUCAUGAGAUAUACCAUAAGUUGAGCAAGAUUAGGGAACGACUUAAAUCUGUAGGGUAUGUAGCUGAUAAAUCUCAAGUUUUGCUGCAUAUUGAAGGGGAUGAUGAGAAGGAAACUGAAUUGGAAAGCCAUAGUGAGAGGUUAGCAAUUGCUUUUGGCUUGAUUAGUUUAAAACCCGGGAUCCCAAUUCGGAUAGUGAAGAACCUUCGGGUUUGCAAUGAUUGCCACUCGGUUACAAAACAUUUGUCCAAGAUUUAUGACCGGGAAAUUAUUGUAAGGGACAAUAGCCGUUUUCACCAUUUCAAACACGGAUCAUGUUCUUGCAUGGAUUACUGGUGAUGUGGGGAAUAUCACAAUCAAACAACAUAUGGGUUACAAGAUUGAUUACUUAUUUGAAGUCUAGGUAGCAGUUUCAGAUCUUGCUUCAACAUGAAUAUGUUAUUGACCGGGUAAAUGUUGUAUCGUGUAACGCCCCCAAAUGAUUUAUUUUUGGUAAGCGUAUUUGACAUAGUAAUAAUUCGUGAAAAAUAAAUGAUUUUUUUGGACAAAAA